CCAAUAAAAUAAUGGCUCAUAGUUCGUCGGAUAGUGAUACAGAUUCCGAACAAAAAAUUACGAAGAAACAUAAAAAAGAGAAGAAAAGUAAAAAGGUAAAAAAGUUGAAGAAACACAAGAAAAAUAAAAAGCACAAGAAACGCGACCGGCGGAGUAGCACUAACAGCUCCGAUUAUUCUUCCGCUGAAAGAGAUGAAUGGGUAGAGAAGGUUUUACCCUCGACGAGUUCGGCAUCUACCCAAAAACCUAGACUAGAACGGGAGGAUUGGAUGAAUUCGAUGCUUGUACCUACAUACAGUAAAGAACCUAAAAAAGACGAAAAGACGCCAACAGUUGAGCAAUACAAUCCCAAAACCAACGUGCGUGAGUUAAACCCGCACUGGAGGAAUGGAGGUAGUGGUUUGCCUAGUUUUCAACGACCCCAGGAUGACGACGAGGAUACCAGAUGGUCAAGCGGUACCGUUAGACAAGACGCUAGCCGCAGUGGUGGCUGGAGAAAAACCAACAGAGAACCACCACAAGACAGAAGGGAACAACCUGCGGCUGCUAGUUCAAAUGUAGUGCAUGAAGAUGGAUUGUUUAUGAGCGAUCAGCAGUUGAACGAUCUUGGAGCAAAAAUUAUCAAAGCUGAAAUAAUGGGAAAUGCAGCUCUAGCGAAGAGUCUUAAGGAGAAGCUUGAAGCGGCAAAGUUACAUCGUACUCAAAUCAAGGAAAGCGGUCAAACCGAAACAACAAUGAAAACUGUCGAAAAAGAGGAGGAUAUGCGUUAUACGAUACGUAGCAAACCAAGCGAUGAUAGCGCAAGACAAGACCGAAAGCGACGGCAUUACCAGCAGAAUCUUCCCCCUGGCGAUUUAGCGGAUAAGUUCCGCUCCGAACGCCAAGAAAAUGCUGAUAUGGACGCCCAAUUUUUCAAGGUCUCUGCCAAACUGGACCGCGAAGCAAGCAAUUUGGAAAAUAUUUUUGACCAUGGGAAAGCAAGUUCAUCCUCUUCAGGUCAAUUGAACGAAGAGCAAAUUGUUCGUGAUAUGAAUAAGCUUUCGCGGGCCCAAGCAGAAUGCGAACGAUGCAUAAAUUCCGAUCAGUUCCUGCACGAACAUGUAAUAACCAUGGGAAAAAAUGUCUUUUUGGCAGUUCCAAGUUGGAAAGCGCUUCAGCCGAAGCAUUGUUUGGUGGUUCCCGUGGUCCAUUGUGCUGCUCUUACCCAUAUGGACGAGGACGUUCAUCGUGAGCUGGUGGACACGUGCAAGGCUUUAAAGCGCAUGUUUUCCGCUCAUAAACAGGAAGUCGUCUUCUUUGAAACUGUACGCUACAUCAAUCGCAAUCCGCACACCUACGUGCAGUGCGUUCCAGCCGAUGACUACGAAAUGGCACCGUUCUAUUUCAAAAAGGCAAUACUCGAGUCCGAAACGGAAUGGGCCAUGAACAAGAAACUGCACAACAUCCAAGGGUUGGAGGUAAGGCGUACCGUUCCGAAAGGUUUGCCCUAUUUUUGGGUUAGCUUCAAUCUGGAGUCCGGGUUUGCGCACGUUAUUGAAGACCAGGAGGCGUUUCCGGUAACAUUUGCUUCGGAAACGAUUGCGGGCAUUCUUGAGCUUGAAACUAGAGAUUGGCGCAAUCCGGGCCGAGAGCAUAAUCCUAAGCAGCGAGCGCGAGAAUUUUUACAAUGGUGGAAAGAGUUUGAUAAUUUAACGAUUAAAGAUUGA